CUAAACAGCCAAUUUUUAGUUUCCCGUAUCCCACUCCCAAUCACUCUCUCUCUCUCUCUGAUUUUCAUUUUUAUUUAUCUUUUUGGAAAAGAAAAAAACAAACAUCGAAAAGCCAACCCCUCCCCCUCUCCUCUCUCCCCCACCUCUAAACGCCACUUCCUUUUCACUCUCUUUCUUCCUUUCCCUGCUGUCUCCUCUCCCACUGAACCCAACCACAUCAAUUUAAAACCAAAACACACACACCCAAACUCCACAGUGUCUCUCUAACACUAAGUAACGCAAAACCUGAAAAACCUCCAUGGAUCUUUACGACACGACCAACGUUUUGUUCACCAAAAUCAAAGUUUUAGACCCUGAAAAUGCUUCUAAAAUCAUGGGUUACAUCCUUAUCCAGGACUUGGCUGACAGGGAUUUGUUGCGUUUAGCCUAUGGCCCUGACUCCCUUCUUCACUCCCUUGUGCUCAAGGCUAAAGCUUACUUAGGUCUUUCCUCAAACACUUUCUCUGCUCCUUCUCUGAACCCGAUCUCCAGACCCAACAGCUCCAACUCCAACAAUUCUCAAAACCCACUUCCUCCAUCAUCUCCUACCCUCAUUCCCCGAAAUGGCUUCUUAGAAUUUUCAAAGAAAGCACCUUCUUGGUGUCCUGCUAGCAGCCCCAAGUCAAGUCCUUUUCUUUCUUAUGAAAGUAUCCGCUCAGGGUCUCUCUCAGUUCCUCAAAGGUCUGGGGAUAGCAACACUGAUUUUAUUGACGAGACUCAAAUGAGUGAUUACUUUUCUUUCUUGAACGAUUCUUCCUCUUCUAAGAACGAGGACUUUGUUGGUCAUAGAAGGAGCUUUUCUGCAAGUGAUGCAUGUUUUGGGACUGCUGAAGAAGCUGGUGGAUUUGGUGGUUUUAUGGGUGGUUAUAAGCCUUGUCUUUAUUUUGCUAGAGGGUUUUGUAAGAAUGGUGAUAAUUGUAAGUUUUCACAUGGUCUUGGUGGUUUAACUGAUAAUGUUGACGUUAAUGGUGCUGUUGUUGGUUCACCUAGUAAAAUGGACUUCCUUUAUCAUCAACAUGAGGAAAUUAUGAGAAUGAGGGCUGCUGCUGCUCAUCAAAGACUGGCUGCUGCUCAGUUGAUGGGUGGUGCUUCUUCUCCCUUGCCUUACGAAAAAAACAUGAAUGUUCUUCUGCAACACCAAACUGAUGCUCAGAGAGCUGCUGCAUUGAUGUAUGGUGAAGAAACUUGCAAGUUUUCCCAGGGCCGAGCUGAGAGGAAUGAUUAUUUCGCAAUGGGAUUGGAAGAGAAGGCUAACUCAGCUUCUAAACAGAUUUACCUUACUUUUCCAGCUGAUAGUACCUUUAAGGAUGAAGAUGUUUCAAACUACUUCAGCAUGUUUGGACCAGUGCAAGAUGUGAGGAUCCCAUACCAGCAGAAGCGAAUGUUUGGUUUUGUUACUUUCGUCCAUCCGGAGACUGUGAAGCUCAUUUUGUCCAGAGGAAAUCCCCAUUUCAUUUGUGAUUCGCGUGUGCUUGUUAAGCCCUACAAGGAAAAAGGAAAAGUUUCUGAUAAGAGGCAACAUCUGCAACAGCAAUUUGAGAGGGGUAACUUCUCUCCAUGUUCAAGCCCUUCAGGGCUUGAUUCUAGAGAGUCGUAUGACCUUCAUGUUGGGACAAAGAUGUUCUACAAUGCUCAGGAGAUGAUGUUGAGAAGAGAACUGGAAGAGCAAGCUGAUCUCCAGCAAGCCAUUGAAUUGCAAAGGAGAAGAUUCAUGAACUUGCAACUUCCAGACUUUAAGAAUGAUGGUAUUCAUCAUCACCACUGCAGCCUGUCAGUCGGUGCUUCUGUUCCCUCGUCCGACAGCAUGAAACAAGAAGUCUCGGAAGUCGGUGGUGAUAAUACAGCUGUUGCUGUUCCGUUGAUCAUGAAUGCUGCUGAGCUGGAAGAAGUGAAGUCAGCAUGUGUUCAGAAAGCCAGGGUUGGAAAGAGCCAAGAGUCUUCCAGCCCCAAAGGAUGUCAUGAGAGCAGUGUAGAGCAUGCACUUCCUGAUAGCCCUUUUGCUUCCCCUAAGAAACCUACUGAAAAUAACCUCCCUGAGCGUCCAGCUUUGGUGGAAUCAAAUGAAAGUUCUGCUUUAUGUGCUGCUGCUUCAUCCUCUGAAAAUGAUCCAUUACCGCCCAUCACUUCCACUAGCAAAAUGGCCUCUGUUUAAUAUAUCCUCUUUGUAAUGCCAAGGUUUUAUCAUGGGCAUUGAAAGCAAAUGUAGGAAAUAAAGAAAAGUAGAGAAGCAUAUACUAGAAGAAUCCCUUAGAUGUGUAUAGUCAGAUUCAUAUACUGAAGAGUAGAUCCUAGAGAAUAUCUCCACAAUAUCAUCAUCUUCUUCAAUACAAUACCACUAACAGUGAAUGCAUAUUGGACGCCUAAUGGCAGAAGAACCGAGUUUCGAGCGUAGGGCUUUUCUCUUUUCUCCUUUCGAUAAUCUUUUCUAGGUAUGUAUUCCAACAGACAAAAUCAGAAAAAACCAAAGGUAGUUAACUUACUGUAUUAUCACUCUAUGCCAUCUUCUUUCACCUUAUCUGAUUUAAAAAAAACAUUAUCUAAAGCUGAAGCAUAUGAGCAGAGACAUUGAUGCCUGAAAUGUGUAACAUUUAAUUUAAAGUAGCACUUGUUUUGGAGGUUAGUGAAA